AGGCUCCCCGUGCUGGUGCGGCCUCUAGAGAAGCGAGCUCCGGGCCGGGUGGACCUCCGGCGCGCGGCGCCGCCGCAGAGCAGGCGCGCGCGCGACGGCUCCGCUUCUCCGCGCGAGCGCCGCGAGCCCGCGGGCCGCGGCGAUCUCGAAGUCUCGGCGGCGCGCGCAGGAUCGGCGAGGGCGGAGAAGGGGGAGAGUCGGAGGAAAAGGAAACGGAAUCUGGGCGACGGGGUUCGCACGGCUCCGACGCGCGCGCUUGCGGUGGCCCAGGCUACCAUCCUAGCAACUAGCGGCGCGCAACAUAUUCCCUACCCGCAUGCGCCUCCCUCACAUGCGCAGAGGAGGAGAGAGGACGAGAGAGGAUGAGGAAGAGGACGAGGAGGAGGAGGAGGAGGAGCAGGAGGAGGAAGUGGAUGAAACCGCCUCGCUCGCUCGCAUGCGCCGCGCGCGCGGGAAGCGCCCCGCAGCGGAGCCGCAGGCGGCCUGGUGCCCUCCGACCCCCCCGGAGUCCUCGGCG